AUGGACGCGCAGUUUCCAUUUGCCUCUCGAGACGAUAUCUGGCGUGUGCUUGACGAGUUGAAAGAGCUCCACCGCGCCCAGUUGCAUCAAGGAGAACGUCUCGCCCAACUGGAGCGACGCCGUGACGAGGAUGCCCGACUGAGAAGCCCAUGGGCCUCUGCAUCACCCUUCCCCACCUCCGUCGGCGCGAUCACUCCAGGUAGCCCACACCUACUGUCCGCAAUCGGUUCACCACUGAACAAGCCCGUCACCAUGGACCCCGCCUUUCACUCCCCGCCAGAUGCUUUCAAGGGCUUUGACCAGGGUCAUCAUUCUGCAAUGGCGAAUUCCGCAGCUGGUUUUGAUAGCGAGGAAGAGCCUCGGCGGGGUGCCUCUCGCGCCAACAGUGUCCGUUUCGAUGAAAGUGCCCUGCAUGGGUAUGGCCAGGCAGCUCGCACCAGCACUGACUUGCCUUCUCGAUCCGGCAGUGCUUCCAACUCGCACCCUCUCCUCGAGCGUACAUUUUCACAGCAAUCUGAUGGGCGAUUCAGCUCAUCCGGCCACUCCUACCAGUCUGGACGAUCCAACAGUCUACGCUUGAAUACCAGGCUCUCGGGCCAAACACCCGUGGAGUCUCCUUUGAUCCCGCCUCCUGGACUUUUCUUACUAGGCCCCGUGCCCUCGAUUAUCCGUUGCUGGUUGAAUGAGACUUUCACCAAUGGUUCACUUCUCUACGCUGCCAUUUGCACCGGAUCUUACGUUUCAACUGUGAGCCUUUCUUUGAUUCGCAGCUUGGGUAUGGAGGAUAUGAUCGUGCGCGAGGACGAUGUCACGCAGUACAUCAAGCUCCCGGUGUACCUCCCCGAAGCGACCAUCCAUCCGUCUUCUUCGCAACCCGAGGCCCACCAAGUCCCUUGCGUGUUUGUUCGCUUCGUGGUUCGCGAAAAUGAACCUGCCGAACACUCCAUUCAGGUCAUCAUUGGGAGCGACGUGCUUCGCGCCCAGAAUGCCGACAUCCUCUUCUCUCAGGACAAGCUCCUCAUGGUUGACAGUGAUCACCAGCGUGUUUCGGUUCCUCUCGUACGCCCAGAAGAUGAUCAAGUCUUCAAAAGCCUUUCCACUUCUCCCUCCAGUUUGAAGUCUGGCAGCUCGCAGCCAUCCAGUGCCAACGGCAAUGGUUCCGCCGGUGUCAUUGGCAAUCACAGUAAUGCGCAGCAGCAGUCGACCACCUCGCCUCUCAAAGCUAUCUCGGAUGGCACCUGCGACAAUUUGAAGUCGACCCAACCGACCCAACCGGCCAUUCAUAACCUUGCCCAAACAGCGGCUGAAAAUCGCCCCGUCUCCAGUGCUCCAACCUCCGAGAUCACCAGAAAUGACAUGCCUGUUUGGGAGAAUUGGCGCGAGCGAACCUCUAACCCAGCCCCAAAGAUCGACCCGAAGAACGAAAAGCGCGAAAUGAAGGUUUUCCGGCCUGCGAAAUCCACCGGCCGAUUCACCUCCGGCACUUCUUUUGCUAAGAGUGCCAAAUCUCUCCCCUCCAGCCCGCACCCGCAGACGUCUCCCGAAAAGGGCGUCAAUGCUGUUGGCGGAUCUGCGUUUCCAUGGCUCAACCCGGCCCUCGACCAGGUCACUCGUGACACCUGA